UUCUUUGUUCUCUUUUGUCGAAGAUGAUUUCUUGCCAGGAUAGAGGCGAGAUGGUCAUAAUCUUGUAGAGAGAUUAUCGUCAGCUCUUUGCGAACGCAAGAUGAGGGAUGCGAGUGAUCUACCGAUGUGAUAGUUUUGUCGUCUAGCCGAAGGUUCUGUGCGUCGAACGGGGAGGAGUGAACUGAGGGAACAGGGAGAUAUUCAAACGUUCCAGGACUGAUUGCAGCGUACCAGCAAGCUUGUGUUCGUCUCGAGACAGGGGAGAGCUAUGGCCGCUUCCUGUCUGGAACAGAGGCUGUGGUCUUGCCCUCCAUCGUUGCCGACUGCAGCUGGAAUAUGUCGACCCUCACCGUAUGGUGUGCGCGUGUCCGCUGCCAACCGUGCCGCCAUUGUGCUUCCGGUUCACUCAUUGAACUCAUACCGUUGCGGCUCGAAGCAAACAUGUUCUGCUUCGAAACCAAAACGAAAUCCAGUUCUCGAAUUUGAGGAUGACGACGAAAGCGAUGAGGAUUCUGACGAUGAGGACAGCGGAAUUCUGGAUAUGGAAGAAUGGAUAAAGAAAAAACCUUCUGGUUUCGGAGGAGGCAAGGAGUAUGACACAUCUCUAGAAGAGCGUUUGCUAGAGGAAAUCAAGCGUGAUCAGAUAGCACAAGCUGCAGUCAAAGCUGCCGCCAAGAACAAGAAGCCUACACCGCCAAUUAUAGCAGCGAAAAAAGCAGGUAGUGACACACAGCCUGAUGGGGUAGAAGUGUUUGUUAGAAAUCUUCCUAAGAAGAGGAAUGUCGAAAGGGAUAUGCGAGCAGCGUUAAGAUCAGCCUCGGGCUUAUUACAUAUUCGCCCUCUCGUGGGUGGAAACGAGAAGACAAGAGAGCCUGUCUGCAAGGGCCUCGCAUUCCUGACAUUUGCUACUCUGGAUGAUGCAGAAGAGUUCAUCGAGAGGUACAAUGGCGAGUCUAUUGUUUUUGGGAAGGUAGAAAAGAGAAUCUCUUGUGAACUGGCCAAGACAAGCAGCCCUUUCAAAGAAGUGUCUCGCAGUCAACCUUCAAACGGCCCUCGACUUGGUGUUAGAGAACCUUCAUCCGCUGUGGCUUCGGCAACAAGCCCUUCGUCCGGUGAAGAUUCAGUUGCUGUAGGGGUUGCUUCUGAUGUCAGAAAGUCAACUCGAACAAAUUCGAAGUCUCUUCCUUCGAACGCGGACCUUGCCGAUGUCGGUAUCCCUGAAGAAGAAGAAGAGCAUGCGGAUCUGUUUGUGCUGGAGCAGCAGAUAUGGGAUGAACUUGAGAAUGACGAUGAUUUGGAGCUAGAUAUGGAAAUUGAAGAAGAGGAUGAAAGUGUCUACUCAUCUUCAGAGGAAGUUGGCAGUUCGACGCUUUCUGCGAGUAUGGUGGAAGACUUCAAGAGGCCACGUUCAGUUAAAGGUUUUGAGUCUGAAUCAUUCUCGGCACGUCCUAUCAGUGCAGAGACUGGCGAGCAAAAGGUUGUCCUGAACGACGACGAUGAAGGAUAUUCUAGAACACGAGGUAGUGGAAAAGGAUUUGGUAGGACUACAAGUAUUGGAGAAAGCAGAGUAGAUUCGACUCUUUCAGCAAAAAAGUCUGAAGGAGACGAGAAAGAAAUUAAAAUUAAGGAACUAGAGGCGAAAUUAAAGGAAUUGCAAUCCCAACUGAAUAAGAGAAAUUCUGUGGAAUUCACGGAUAAGGAGCCUGAAGUCAAUGUACGAGAACGGGAACUUAAGAUCGAAUCCUUAGAAAAGCGACUUCUGGGUAGGGUGAGGACUGGUCUGCGUGACAGCAAUGUUUCUAAUGGCAAACCGACGUCUACAUCAGGAAAAUCUGCCGCCAAGAAUGCCCCAAAGGAUCCUCAGACUGCGACUGAGGAAACCUCAAAGAACAAAAGAUCCAGGCCUCCACCCCGCCAGAAGCUGGGAGCGUCAAGCAGGCUGAGGAAACGGGAGAGGGAGAUUUUUUCAGAGGCUUUGGCCAAGUACUCUGCUCCCAAAAAGGAUUAAAUCAGAAGAGUUGAUGACGUCAUUACCACAGCAAGUUGAUUUCAGCGAUGUAAAUAGAUUAUGACAGAUUGUCGAAGCAAAAUGUCCAUCCGGCUUGGUCGGAGAAACUGUGUUGAGCUAUAGAAUAUUUGGAACGUACGUUUACAGGCUGAAGAGUCGUGUCAGAGAAUGUUCGGUAUUUCGCGGUCAAUGAUUUGUUGUUCACUUCGAUCAUUAUAUUCCGUAUGUCUCAGCUGUAUGCAUGGUCACCUUGUAUUGACCAGCUCAGUUUUUUUUAUUGUGUAUCCAGCAUUUGAGAUGAGGUUCGAAACACCGCAAGAGCAUUGGGCGUGAAUGAACUAGAGCUGCAAUAAAUGCUGUCACUCCUCUGACUCUGCUCUGCCAUGGCCAUGUCAUAGGCAUGUGAUAAACUUCUUCUCCGGACAAAUAUACUGUAAUCGCUUUGACUGCAUCAGUGCAAGAGCGACCAUGAAAUUUUGGGGAAGAUUCCGAGGCUCGAUUUGUGACAUCUACGAUCAUGACCCAAUAGCUGGCACGGUCAAAAGCACGUCAGACUGCAGCACGGUAUCACAGAUUCUGGCAUGCUACUAGUUAUCCACAUGCUGAAGAAACACUCUUGACAAGCAGCUGCAAGCACACAGAGAUGAGCAAACGGAAGGAGUCAUACAUUUUCGACUUGUUCAGCCCCCGAACGUCCAAAGGCUUCAGUCCAUGAGGAAAGUCUUACAUCAGCGCAAUCGGAUUCACCACACACUUCGCCUGAACAUCCCCAAACAUCCCCAAACAAGGGACCGGAUUCCACUGUCACGCAAGUAACUCUCUGCCUAAGUCAUGCGAUCUGAACAUCUCCACCACCGUUCGUACUGACUUUGGCAGCGGGGUCCUGACAACUCACGCUAGCAUCUUCUGAAGUAUAUACAAUCAAAUUGCCUCUCAAUCUCAGCAACAAGUUUCUUCGUCGUGAUUAAAGUUGUCGACAAAGCGCUCAUUUCUCUGGCAUGCGUACAUUUGCUCGUUCCUCUCAUCAACACUAGUAUAACCUCUUACAAACCUGAUACCCAAAGUUACUCACGCUAUUUUAUCCAACAACUUACUGAUAGCAUCCACAUGCAUACUAGAAACCCUAUUAAUAUAUGG